AUGGAAGAACAGCUAAUAGUUGAAGUCGAGAAGAGGCCAGUACUGUAUGACAAAAGUUUGGGAACUUAUAAGAAUGCCACAUAUGAAGAAGAAAUAUGGAAGGAAGUAUCCAAUGAGCUUAAAAAUGACGAUGUCAAUACAGUAAAAAAGAGAUGGCGGUCAUUGAGAGAUACUUUUAUAAAAAUGCAAAAAAGUCAAAAGCAACCUAGUGGUUCUGGAGGAGGGAAAAAAUCGAAAUGGACUAUUGGGAAUUAUUCAUGUUCUGAAAUCUGUAAUCAACAAAGAAUUAACAGUCCGGAAAGAGAAUCAGAUAUUAUUAAUGAAGUGUCAACAACUCCAGAACGUUGCAAUGAACAAAUUGAACAUAACAUUAAAUUACGUAUAAAUAAAUGUUCUUCAGCUACUAAAAAGCGUAAAAAUGAAGCACCAGAAGAUAAUAUUGAUGAACAAAUUUUGAAUAUUAUUUCCAAAGAACAUGAUGCAGAUGAACAAUUUCUAUUAAGUUAUCUUCCGACAUUAAAACGUAUGACACCAAAACAAAAUGCUAUUGCAAAAAUAAAAAUUCAACAAGUUUUGUUUGAUGUUGAGUUUGGAAAUAAUUAUUCAAAUUCGCCUUUUUCAAGCAACUCAGGGCAUUCCACCUACUCGUCUGUUUAUGCACCGAUUUUAACUCCUCUUAACACAGCAAAAUCAUCAGCAAUGGAUUAUUCUCAAA